UUUUUUUGUUACCUGCCCAUUCAUUGCCCAGCGUUGUGCUGCUGCAGAAGUCUAAAAUCACUGAAACCAGAAAAAUUGGCGUAAAAAUUAGAUUUUAUGUAGUUGCUGCAAUAUCUGGGGAAGAAUAGUAGUCUAAUAACUGGAAGGAAUUUAGGAAGAGAACAGUGAAAAUUUAAAACAUUCAAUAUUUUGUUUUAAUACGUUCCUCAUUGAUUGGUUGGAUUGACUUGGUGUAUCUUGUUUACUUUGCUUUUCGCUGCUGCAGCGUGAUUCAUUAUUGCUUAAGGAAAAGUGACGACGAUAAAUUUGAAAUUAUUAACAAACAAAAAAUGGUACUGGCCGAGCGGAAUUCAGAGUUAGUGCGCAAUGGCAGACGCUCUCGAGGUCCCAGUCCCAAUGGCCAUGGUGCAAGUUCGGGAAGUGCCAGCGCAAGUGCACCAGGCGGAACGGGUACUGGCACUCCCGAAACAUCAUCUGAUGAUGACAAUUCUAUUAAACGGAAUGGAAAAUCUAAAACUAAACAAAGCGAGUAUGAAGAAAAAAUCCGUGUCGGUCGAGACUAUCAAGCGGUGUGUCCCCCUUUAAUACCUGAGCCCGAAAGAAAACCUGAAUGCCUUAAUGAUCGCGCUUUGCUAGUGUGGUCACCUACAAAAGAAAUACCAGAUACUAAACUUGAGGAAUAUAUAUCAGUUGCCAAAGAGAAAUAUGGUUAUAAUGGUGAACAAGCUUUGGGUAUGUUAUUCUGGCAUAAACACGAUUUGGAGAGAGCUGUUAUGGAUUUGGCAAACUUUACACCCUUCCCUGAUGAAUGGACAGUGGAAGACAAAGUUUUGUUUGAACAAGCAUUUCAAUUCCAUGGCAAAAGUUUUCAUCGCAUACGUCAAAUGUUGCCAGAUAAAUCCAUUGCUAGCUUAGUAAAAUACUAUUACUCAUGGAAAAAGACACGACAUCGUCAAAGUGUUAUGGAUCGUCAGGAGAAAGUAAAAGCCAGCAAAGAAGGUUCUUCAGAGAAUGGCAGUGAUAAUGGAAGCAAUGAAGAAUCCGACAAUGAUGACAAGGAUCAGACAUUAUCAUCACAUGCAGGAUUGUUAUAUGAUCAAACAAAUGAUUCGCAUGAUGGUGGUGGUGGUGCUGGUGUUGACAUUGAAAAUCAUUUUUUAAAUACCAAUACCAACACCAACAACAAUAAUAACAAUAACAACAUCAGCAACAAUAAACAACAACCGCAACAACAACAACAACAACUCCAAACACCGUCCAUAUCAAAUUCCGACACAAUUUAUUCAAAUGGAAUUUCCACUUGCACAAAUGCCGCCGCCAAUAGCAGCAAUAGUGUCAAUAACAAUAAUAAUGCCGCCAUCCUCUCUUCUGUUGGCAGCGUUGGUGGUGGUGGUUAUUGUUCAAAUUGUGGCGUUGCCUGCAAUAUUUUGCAUAACUCUCCCCAUGGCAAAUUAUGUUCCAGUUGCCAUCACCAUUGGAGACGCACUGGCAAUAAACGUCCCACAUCUGGACCAUUUUUUGGCAAAAGGUCACGAGAUCGCAAUGCCGAGCGACAUAAGCGCAAACCACCCCGUGGCAUGUAUAUAAAUCAUGACGAUAUUGUGGCAUUGGCCAGUGCAAAUGACAAUCAAGAUGAGUUGCUAGCCAAUAUUGAUCGUGAAAUUGUAUCCCUUUUGAGUCAAGUACAACUGAAUAAGCAAAAUAUCUCAUCUUUAAAGCGUAAAAAUUCCGAUAAUUUGGAAGAAAUAAGGCCAACAGAAAAUGCCAAUCGCAUUAAUGCACGUUGGACAAACGAUGAAAUUCACUUGGCCGUUCAAGGUGUGAAAAAAUAUGGUAGAGAUUUUCAGGCAAUUGCCGAAACCUUGGGCACUAAAACAGAAGCUCAUGUACGAAAUUUUUAUUUGAAUCAACGUCGUCGUUAUAAUUUGGAUCAGAUUAUUAAAAAGCAUGAAGCUGAAAAAGAAGCUGCUGCUGGCAGCGUAGCUUUAAGUGCCAAUGCUGCUAGUAAUUCGAACAGUAAUUCGGCAGCUUCAAGUGCUUCCAAUAGUGCUCCUGCUGCAAACUCCAGUGUCAGUGCAGAUUUACCUAAUAACACUCCAAACUCAAUCAUAAAAGAUGAAGUUCCCACUGUUCCGGCACAGCAGCCAACUAAAAAGAAGGACAUACCAAAUAGCGUCAAUGAAGAAUCUGAUAAUACAACAUCAAGUGAGACGGCCAUUUCGAAAUCAACAAUUUCUACAGUCACCACAACUUCAGAUGAACGCAAAAGCGAAAGCAGUUUAAGUGCUAGCAACUUGCAGAAAGAUAAUGUCAUCAUGGAGAUUGAUUUAGAUGCUGACCAGCCAGAUGUAACACAACCGCCGCCAGCCAAAAAGAUUGCUUUGAGUGUUGCAACUCAGGAAUUUCCAAAAUCCAGCCCUGCUUAAAUAAUAAGAAUUUUAUGAAACAUCUAACGUUUCAACAAUUAUGCGCGUAAUAUAAAACAAAAAAAAAGCAACUACAGGGUUGAAAGCAAAAGAAAUGGGUCUUAGCAUUUCUAAGAGAAAAAAGGAUAAGCGAGGAAAAAUUUUUACUCAAGCCACCUUUUGCCUACGUUAAGAAAAAUGGAGCAAUACAAAACGAUGCAGUAGAUCUGCAUUUUAGUAGACGGGAUGAUAAACAAAUUAAUAUGGUUGGCCAUAUAUCUCUUAUGUACUUUUUUUUAAAUUUUAUUUGGACUAUAUAAAUGUCCGAUGUGUUCUUAUAAUAUUCUAUAAUUUUCGGAAUGACUUACUGACUAAUUUUAAUUUGUUUUUUCCUUUUUGUUUUGUUAUAAUUAGAUAUAUAUAUGAUAAUUAAAUAUACAUACAUGCAUAUAUAAGAGUGCAAAAACUAAAAUGAAUAAUCUUGUAUUUUCUAUUCAAGCUCUAAGAAAAGUAUUUCGGCAAUUUCCAAUUAAAAAACAAUUAAAGAACUCAAUUUAAACCUACAUCCUACUUCCUAUUAUAAUAAAAAAAAAACUAUUGUACGUACCACAUCAACUAUUU